AUGAGAGACGGAAGCCUCAGCUAUCGGAGAUUCUGUGCGGAGGCAGAUCUGCUACAGAAGCGGUCACAUGAGAUAGCGAGCAAGCAACAAGUAGGGAGCGGCAAGGGUGUGGCGACGUGGGAGUGGAAACACGGAAACAGACAGCACUUGGACGGAGACUCGUAUCUCUUGGAUGGAGAUAUUGACGAGCUCUUGCAGGUGGGUAGGAUCGAGCAAUCCAGGAAUGUUGAGACAGCGUUGCUCGAAUUUCACAUCGUCUAUCACACCAUCUACCAGACACCAGUGCUGUACUUUCGAGUGCAGGCUGUCGAUGGAACACCGGUGAACAGCAACAUAGUCACGCGUGACUUGCAGUUCCCUGGUUCCAACGGGCGAUCUACAUUCGUUGCAAUGGAAGAGCAUCCAGUGCUGGGCAAGCCGUUCUCGUGUUUGCAUCCAUGUGAAACUGCAACAGCCAUGCAGCUUCUUCUGGCCCAACUCCAAGCUAGAUCUACUGAAGCUUCAUCGUAUACGAACGUACCUCAAUAUCUCGUGAGCUGGCUCAGCUUGGUACAGCCGCUGACAGAAAUCUCGCCGUUAGACUAUUAUUCCGUAUGA